ACACUGGGGCAGGCGGGCGCGGAUGGCGGCGGCGCUGGGCGCCUGAGCGGGCCCGGGCCAUGAGCGCCGCCCGCCCCCAGUUCAGCAUCGAUGACGCGUUCGAGCUGUCCCUGGAGGAUGCGGGCCCCGGGCCCGAUUCCAGCGGGGUCGCCCGCUUCGGGCCGCUGCACUUCGAGCGCCGGGCCCGGUUCGAGGUGACCGACGAGGAAAAGCAGUCGCGACUGCGCUACCAGAACCUGGAGAACGAUGAGGAUGGAGCCCAGGCCUCUCCAGAGCCGGAUGGGGGAGUCAGCACCAGGGACUCCCGAGGCAGCUCCAUCCGCAGCUCGCAGUGGUCCUUCAGCACCAUCAGCAACGGCACCCAGCGCUCCUACAGGGCCUGCUGCAGCUGGACCCAACACCCUUUGAUCCAGAAGAACCGUCGCAUAGUGCUGGCCUCCUUCCUGCUCCUGCUGCUGGGGCUGGGGGGCCGAGGAGUCAGAGUCCCUAGAAGGGAUUUAGGGCUGGGAUCAAGAAGGGCCCACAAAGAGGGCACAACGGUACUGCUGGCCUCCCCCACUCCCCAAAAGGCCAGAGUCCCCCAGCCAACAGCUCCCCUGACCACAAAACCAGUGCUGAUCCUGACCGGCGUGGGACUGGAGGUGGCCCCCGCCCCAGGUGUCUCCAGCGCCAUCUUCUUCGUGCCGGGCUUCCUGCUGCUGGUCCCGGGAGUCUACCACGUGAUCUUCAUCUACUGCGCCGUCCGGGGCCACCGGGGCUUCCAGUUCUUCUACCUGCCCUACUUCGAGAAGUGAGCCUCGAGCCGCGGAGGACAGCCGACAUCCAGCGUGGCCCCGAGCGGCCCGGGGCGCCCUCGCAUCUCCAGGGAAAAGCCUCCACGCCACCCCUGCUGCUCCAGGGCGUGCGAGCCCCCAGCCCCCUCGGUUUGCUCAGGAAGUUUGGGGUGUUCAGGCCCCCUGAACCUGAGAAAGUCGCCCCUUGCCUGCUGUGUGCCUUAACUUAUUCUCCGGCCCGGGGCUGCGGGUUGGCGUUUUGUAUUAAUAAAGGGGUUGGUGCCAGCAGAGAUUUCCCUCUUUCCUUCCCACCAGCCACACGCCCUCCUGCAAAAGCUGGGGAAGGACUGACCCUGGGCCUUGCACUCAGCUGCUUGUGCACAGGACACACCUGAUGCUCCAUGACUUGCUCAGGGGCACACAGCGCCUUACCGGCCGAGCCAGGUCUGGGACCUUGACACCCUGCGACUUCAAGGAGCCUCUUCCAGUCUCCCUAUUCCCCCUGCUCCCAGCAGAGCUGACCCUGCCCCCUCUCUACCUGGAGGGCAUCUGCUAGCAGGUGGCACCUCUGGUGGCCCUGGCCAAGGGCACUUACAGUUAACGCAGGCCUGGGACCUGGAGGCUGGUAUCCUGGUUCAGCUUGGCUCUGGGGCUCUGGGCUGUGCGGCCAACCCCAAAUGUAGGCCACGACAAGGUAGAGCCCAGCCCCCUCCACCCACUGGCCUACUUCCCAGGCCCAGAAUUUGGGAGCAGUAGAGGCAACAGAAAGCACAGCCCAUAUUGACAACCUUAGUGACCAAAGACUCUUAGAAUCUCAUAAUGUUGGAAACAGACCAUCUCAGAGUUUUGAAAAUCUGAGUAUCUCAGAAUCUUAAGAACCAAAAAACAAUCUUUUUCCUUCAAUUUUAUCUGUCAAUCAUUUACAUAUAAGUAGAUAUAAUUCUGGGCUAAAUCUUCACACCUCCAUAUAUGCAUAUGCUUCACUCAUCACCAAACCUCUUGAGCCAAUGCUCAGCCCCCCCCCUUCCAAGAAAAAGAAUGUUUCAGAACCCUAAAAUCUGAGAUCCCAUUAGCUACCAUCUCUUAAACUCUCAUAAGUCACCAAGUUUUAUGCUAAACACUUAACACGGUUUGUUUCUGGCAAUCCUGAUUGCCUUGGCCCAUUUUGCAGAUGAACAAACUGAGGCCCAGAGAGCCAUAUUGCCCAAUGGCAGGCACUGGACAGCAGCCAGAGUUAGGAAUACACCCAACUCCCUCUGCAGCAACUCAGCCCGGACCCUCUCCAUGAAAAGUCUUUGGAGAAUCUAGUUGUUCCUCAGAAAGUAAUCUGAGCUGUUUGUAAGAUUUUCUUUCUUUCUUUUUUUUUUUUUUAAAUAGA